CAUCUAAUUGAUUGAAUAAUAAUCCUCCUUUCCUAUCAUUUAGAUGUAGAGCCUUAAUAAGUGUGGUUUCACUACUGUUGCACCAUGUGAGGUGAUCUCAACUGCUCUCUUCUUGCCAUUAAAGUUUCCUUCUUUCCCACCACAUUUAUUUCACAUACCACUUCCCAUAUAUCAUCACUCUCUCUCACUCACUUUUAUCUUCUCUCUCCUCUUCUGUUAGAUCUCACUCCCCAGUGGGAGAGAGAAGAGAGAGAAAAUGGCCCCAGUUCAAGAGAAUUUCAGCCAAAUGAAGAAGCUGCUAAAUCUGUGUCUAUUCCUAGUUUUCAUCACUUCAACAUUGAUUUCCACAGCUCAAUCUCAAAAUCACCACCUUUUUAGCAGAUCAAGAUUGCUCCUUCAGUUAGAAGAAGAUGAUCAUCACCAUGAUCAGCCAAUCAUCACCAAGAAAACCACCAAAAACCAUUCCAAACUCAUCAAACCAUCUACCUCAAAUUCACCCAAGAACCAAACCAAACUCCCCAAAACCCCAAACCCUUCCCCCAAAAACCAAACCAAACUCCCCAAAAACCAAGCCAAAGACUCAGCCUUUGAGGUGAUCACCAAGAACCAAACAAAACUCAUCAAAUCACUCCCAACCCCCCCCAAGAACAAGACCACCAAAACCACCCCUUCACCACCCACAACCCCCAAACCCAAGAUCAAGAAACCCUCAGACCAAUCCAAGAUCAAACCUUUACCCAAACCCCAGAUCAAGAAACCCUCAGACCAACCCAAGAUCAAAACUUUAUCCAAAACCCACCACCAGAAAGCUCCAGAAGAGCCGGAAGAAGAAGACCUCGUCUCAGAAUUCACAGACCUCCCAUCAAAAUUCCAAGAAACAUUCCUCACCAAAUACAACUCCCAAUUCACAAACAACUUCAAGCCCUACGUCGGAAGCCGCUACGCCUCCAUCGCCGCCUCCUUCAUCUCCUUCGCAUUCAUCACCAUCCCUCUAAUCCUCGUCUCCCUCCUCUUCACCAAGAUCACCGCCUACUUCUCCCUCCAAAAACUCAUCCUCUUCAUCCAAAUCUACCUCUCCAUCUACUUCUCAAUCCUCUCCUUAUCCGCCCUGAUCACCAAUUUGGAGCCCUUGAAGCUCUUCUACGCAGCGGCGCAGUCGGCCUACGUGGCGGUGCAGGUUUUCCAAACCCUAGGGUACGUGUUGUACCUGCUGCUGCUGAUCAUGUACCUCGUGCUGGUGUUCUCGACAGAGAGCGGCGCCGCGGCGAGGGCACUGGCGCUGGUGCAGACGGCGGUGGGGCUCGCGGUGGGCUUGCAUUACUACACCGCGGUGUUCCACCGGGCCGUGCUGCGCCAGCCGCCGAGGGCCAGCUGGAAGGUGCACACAGUUUACGCAACGUGUUUCGUUGUGAUUUGUUUGCUGGGGAGGCUUGAUAGGAGGAAAAAGGCCUAUUUGCAAGAGGGUGGUGAGGAGGGGAAGAAGAGUUGAGUGUUUUUUUUAAUUGCCGAGGGUAUCCAUCAGCGGGCCCAAUAAUUAUUUCCCAUGCUGACAGCGGACGCAAGGAUUUAAAGUUGCUUUAUACUCAAAGGCAGUCACCGUUUGGUUAUUGAGAAUUUAUAAUCAUAUUCAAACAAGUGUAAUUUAUUGUGGCUAAUUGUUAUUUAUAAGAAAGAAUUUCAUUGGAGUUAA